AUGAAGCUCCUGUCAUCUGUUUUCCCAUUGGCCACUUUAUACAUGGCUGGAGUGCUUGCUGAUACAUUCACUGCUCCACCUGCUAGUGCAACUGGAGGUGGUAUCAUUGAUGAUGCUACUAUUGCAAGUACUGCUGAUGCUGCUGUAACUUCUGAUGCUGCUAUCAACACUGCUGCCGCGUCCGGAAGUGCUGCUGGAACUUCUGGAGCUGCUGUUACUUCUGCCGCUAUUGGAACUGCUGCCGCUUCUAAUGCUGUCUCUUCUGGUGAAACUGCAACUACAUCUGCUGGUGCUGCCACGAAUACCGCCACUUCUGAUGUUGCUAUUCAAUCUUCUACGCCUACAGAAGCUACUGGAUCCUCAGAUUCUUCUGGAAGUAGCUCUGCCGAUUUAAGCGGCAUCUUAGGCGAAGAAUCCACCGCCACUUCUGAUUCAGCAGAAACUUCAGGGUCCAGCAAUAGUGGAUCUGGGGCAUCCGACUCGACUUCGUCAGGUGACAGCAGCUCUGCAGGUGCUAUCAAAUUGGGCCGGGGUGCAGGAAUUGGCGCUAUGGGGCUUAUGUUUGCCAUGUUGUGA